GUUGUGUAACGUUUUUUUUUUUAUCGAUGCCCAGUCUUCCUACCGCUGUUGUGUGAGAGGACCAUUUUAAAUAAGGAUGCUGCUCCCUUCGUUACGGACGUUGGUGUCGUGUGGCUGUCGAAAUGCUGGGAGAGGAUUUCAGCAGAGCAAUCGGACUCCUCAUUUGCGGCAAUGGCUGGCGAAGAGAAGCCAGCACUCCAUCACAGCAGAGGCAGGAGCCAACACAGCUCCAGCUACAGUUCCCAACGCGGCCACCAAUCGGAUCCUCGGCCGAUGGCUGUUGGGCUGCAGUGGACUGGUGGUCGGGGCAGUGGUGUUGGGAGGUGUCACAAGGCUGACGGAGUCAGGGCUCUCAAUGGUAGACUGGCACCUGGUGAGAGAGAUGAAGCCUCCUCAGACUCGGGCCGAGUGGGAGGCUGAGUUUGCCAAGUACCGGCAGUUCCCAGAGUUCAAAAUAAUGAACCAUGACAUGACUCUACCAGAGUUUAAGUUCAUCUUCUACAUGGAGUGGGGCCACAGGAUGUGGGGCAGGCUGGUAGGGCUGGCCUAUGUCCUCCCCACGAUCUACUUCUGGAAGAAAGGCUACUUCAACAGAUCUAUGAAGGGACGUGCACUGGGACUCUGUGGAUUUGUGUUCUUUCAGGGCCUCCUGGGCUGGUACAUGGUGAAGAGUGGUCUGGAGGAGAAGCCAGAGUCCUAUGAUGUCCCCCGAGUCAGUCAAUAUCGCUUGUCUGCUCACCUAGGGUCAGCUCUGCUGCUCUACUGUGCUAGUCUAUGGACCGGACUCACACUGAUGGUCGAGCCGCACAAGUUGGCUAAUACUAAGCGUCUGAACCAGCUGAGGACGUUUGCUAAGGGCACUGCAGGAUUGGUCUUCCUCACCGCACUCUCAGGUGCGUUUGUAGCAGGGCUGGAUGCUGGGUUGGUGUAUAACUCGUUCCCUCUGAUGGGAGACAGAUGGAUCCCUGAUGACCUCCUGGCCUUUUCUCCAACACUCAAGAACUUCUUUGAGAACCCCACCACUGUUCAGUUUGACCAUCGAGUUCUGGCAAUCUCGUCUCUGACGGCCAUCACAGGUCUCUAUAUGUUCUCCAGGAGGAUGAUUCUACCUAGGAGAGCUAAGAUAGCCAUAUCCUGCCUUACAGCUAUGGCCUAUGCGCAGGUUGCCCUGGGCAUCAGUACCCUGCUUCUUUACGUGCCCACUCCCCUGGCAGCGACCCACCAGUCAGGCUCUGUCGCCCUGCUCUCAUUGGCCAUCUGGGUCCUCGCAGAGCUCAGGAAGGUGGCCAAGUAGAUGCCCACUUUGCCAUGACUCGAUCAGGCCUCCAGAGACAAACCAGUCCAAGGGGGAAAAAAAUAAAGAAUAUUGACAAGAUGCUCCAGGAAGAAAGAGAGGAGAGAUAAAACAAUGGAUUGGGUCUUUUGAUACUAUGUCUGGGAACUUCUAUGUUGCAAAGCUGCAAGCUCCUUCCACCGGUUUGAAGUUAUAUCAUAACAUUAGAAUUCAGUUAUAUAAAGGUUGUUUUGAUCGAUGCAAUGGCAAGAAUGUUCAAGCUUAUUUCACUAAAUUUUUCCCCAGCAGUGCAGUGGUUGGGCCAGGUGGUGAGUCGCCUGUAGUUUAGAAAUAUCACUGAAAGGCAUUACUGUAGCUGGCGACAGGUUACAUUUCAAUGUCACUAGAUAGCGACUAUUAAUAAACUGAAAUUGAGUUGAGUAGUGUAGAAUUUUAGCAACCAGGAAAUUAGCGAUUUACACUAGAUUUCCAAGUUUGAAAACAGAUUUGACUCCGGCGGGAGAAAUCAAUAGGUGAAUAUCACAGCCGAUCACAACACUGCCGGGUAAGUAAUACUGUGAAACACUGAUUCCACUGUUAGUGGCAGACAUAUUACGGACAUUUUCAUAAAUUAUAUUGCAAAAAUUCUGAAAAGAAAUCCUAUGUUGGCACAUUUUAAUGCCUUCAGAAAGUAUUUAUACACCUUGACUUAUUGUUGUUGUUACAGCCUGAAUUUCAAGAAAUAAAAAAAGUGCAUUCGGAAAGUAUUCAGACCCCUUCACCUUUUCCACAUUUUGUUACGUUACAGCCUUAUUCUAAAAUUGAUAGUUUUUUUUUAUUACUCUUCACACUACCCCAUAAUGAUAAAGCAAAAAACGGUUUAGAAAUGUUUGCAAAUAUACAUAAGUAUUCAGACCCUUUACUCAGUACUUUGUUAAAGCACCUGUUUUCAUUUUGUCAUUAUGGGGCAUUGUGUGUAGGUGGGUGAGAAUUAUUAUUUUUUGAUUUCGGGCUGGAACGCAAAAGUCAACUGAUCAUUUAAGGCUUGCAUACAAUAAUUACAUAAAACUAAUGGGUACAUAGGAAGUGUGUGUGUGCCUUUUGCUUCUGAAAAGGACAGGACAUGAAUGCUUUUGACUUAUUGAGUUGUUUCUCAAACUUUGACUUCAUUCUGUUUCUGCUGAUCAAUGAACUGCCUCUUGAUUUUUUUCUGUAUUUUCAUACUGAGGUGAAUAUUAAUGGUUGCGGUACCACAGAUCUAGGAUCAGUUACCCAACCCCCCAAUCCUUACCUGAACGAUUGAGGUAUACCGGCAUAUCUGAGCCAGGAUCAGUGGCUGGAGGGCAAUCUUUGUAUGUUAAAUAAUGUAUUAUAUAUUGGUUUAGGACACUUGUGUUGGGUAUGUGUGUGAUAAAUACAUAUGGAAUCUUGA